AUGUUCGGAAGUCUUCUAAUUGCAGCAGCAGUAUGUGUGUUGGGCUGGCUGUACGUGCGCUGGUCGCGAGUGCGGCAGUACUGGGCGAAGCGCGGAGUGCCGCACUUACCACCAAACCCCCUCUUGGGGAGUCUCACUUUCCUGCAGCGACAGAAUACCGGAAAAUGGUUGAUAAACAUGAACCAACAUUUCAAGACACCUUAUAUAGGCGUGUGGUGGUUUUGGAGACCGGCACUCAUUAUCAACUCCCCUGAUAUCGCCAGAAAUGUUCUAGUCAAGGACUUCCCCAACUUCAAGGAUAGAUUCCUGAGUUCCGGCUCUUCGGAUCCUAUCGGACAUCUCAACAUCUUUACAGCUAAUGAGCCACUAUGGUCUUCUAUCAGACGUCGGUUAACAAGCAUCUUUACCGCCUCCAAACUGAGAGCUCUACAGAAUCUGCUUGAUACUAAAGCGAAUCAAAUGGUACAACGUAUUAAAAAUACCGAAGACAAAACCAGCAUACGCAUAAGGAUGCUAUUCACGGACUACACUUCAGACGUGAUAGGCACGGCCGCUUUCGGAGUGGAGACCAAAGCGCUUGCCGGUGGCGAGUGCCCGAUGCGCAAAGUUACUAAGAGUUUCAUGACUUUCAACCUUUGGCGGGGCCUUAGCUGGAGUAGCAUCUUCUUUUUCCCAGAACUUGUUAACAUAUUCAGGUUCUCAUUUCUCCCCAAAACGGCUACCGAUUACUUCACGAAAGUGUUCCGCGUGGUAUCGGAUCAGAGAAAAUCACAGAAAAGUCGUAUCGGUGAACCCAAGGAUUUAGUUGAUGCUCUUAUUAAAAUAAAACAAGAAUCAGACCUUAACAAUGAAGGUUUAACUGAAGAUACAAUAGUGGCACAAGCUGCAAUAUUCUUGCUGGGAGGGUUUGAUACAUCAGGCGCUGCUCUAACGUUCUCAUUAUAUGAAUUAGCGUUCCAGCCAGAUAUACAAGAAAAAAUUUACAGAGAGUUAAUGGAAAUACAGGAGCAAAAUGAAAAUGGCAUCUUGGAGAUUUCAAAACUUGGAGAAGCGGUUUAUUUUAAUUGUGUUCUCAAAGAAGUUCUUCGAAAAUAUUCUACAAUGGGCUGGCUCGACAGAAUAGCCGUAAAAGACUAUAAAAUAGAUGAUAACCUCACAAUCGAAGCGGGAACACCGAUUUGUGUCAACGCUAUUGGCAUGCAUUAUGAUGAAAAUUACUUCCCAAAUCCCUUAGAGUUCGAUCCCGAUCGAUUUUUGCCUGAAAAUGAGAAAAAUAUCAAACCAUUCACUUACUUGCCAUUUGGAGAAGGCCCUAGAAACUGUAUUGGUAAACGGUUCGGCCAGAUUUCGGUUCGACACGCUUUGGCACAUGUGAUCAUUAAUUACAUCGUCGAGCCUUUAGCAAAUGGACCCAAGCCAAAUGAAGUAGAAUUAGAGAAGCAUAGUCUCUUCUACGUUCCAGGCCAAGAUCUUUAUGUUAAUUUUAUCCCUAGAAAUUAGUAUUGAAACAAAAAUAGGGUUGGUUGUAUAUUUCUACAUAUAUUAACACCUUUAGGUUUUGUUAAGGAUUUAUUAGGUACCUCAGUAUAUGCACUUAUUAACCAACUUCAAAAAAAAGAGGAGGUUAUUAAUUCGGCCGGUAUAUUUUUAUUUUUUAUGUAACUAUGUACACCGAUUACUCCGAGAUUUCUGAACUUAUUUACGUGAUCCUUUUUAAAGUGAAACUUUUAUUACAUCGUCUCAAACUUUUUGGUCUGUGUAGCGCAUGUCGCGUGAUGACAAUUACAAUUUCACUUUUAGCGUGGUUUCAUAAAACCACACAUUUUUUUGUUUGAUGCAGAAUGGUGUCGAAUAAAAUUGGUCCCACAAAAAAUUUUAAUCGGAUUUUUGUCUGAUCUCGAUGACUUAAUUGAAAUGUAGUAACUUUGAUUCACUUCCCGGUAACCGAUUGAGCUGAAAUUUUGCAUACGUAUGUAAAUUGGAUAGCGAUGAAAAAUUAUCAUGACA